AUGCAUCUUAUGUACACCCUUGACAAGGACGGAAAGCGGAUUUACACGCUCAAGAAGGUCCUGAAUGGCGAGGUUACAAAAUCCGCACACCCAGCCAGAUUUUCUCCGGAUGACAAGUAUUCAAGGCACCGUGUUACCCUGAAGAAGAGAUACGGCCUUCUGCUUACCCAACAACCUGACAAGGAGGCUGCGAAAAUUUAAAAGAAUUUAUAAAGGGGCAAAGAAAAUAAUAUGUUAUGGUGCUUUGAUCUAUUAUUGGCGAAUGGUGUUAUGUCGUUGGGGAUUCAAUGUCGACUAUAUCCAGUUCAUUAUGUUUUCUGAUCUCAGGGCCAUACUUGCGAAUCUCUUUUUGAGGCUCCUGCCUUGUGCUUGUGCAGAUACCUAUGCCAAUCUGAGACCCUUGUUGCUCAUGAAUCUAUCAACAAAAACCAUCCACAGAAAAAUCCAACAUGAUAGAGCUUUUGAG